CUACCCCUGCUUUAAGGAGAGAGCAGCGCCACGCCCUCCGAGUUCCCAUUUGCGCAUGCGUCCAGGGAGUCUUGCCUGUGAUUGGCGCCGCCCCAGCCAAUGAGAGGGCGGCGGGAAGAGCCUGGCGGAAGGGCCAAGCGGAAAAGCGGCUGACGGCAAUAUGAGCAUCUUCGGCGGGGUGAUGCGUGAAUAUCCGCACCUCUCCAUCGACCGCUUCGACCGGGAGAACCUGCGCGCCCGCGCCUACUUCCUCUCUCACUGCCAUAAGGAUCACAUGAAGGGCUUGAGAGCCCCUUCCAUGAAAAGACGGCUGGCAUGCAGCUUGAAACUCCGUCUGUAUUGCUCCCCUGUGACAAAAGAAUUGCUACUGUCCAGCCCACGAUACACAUUCUGGGAAAAUUACAUUGUCACCUUGGAAGUUGAAACACCGACGCAAAUUUCUCUCAUUGAGGAAGCAACAGGCGAGAAAGAAGAUAUAGAGGUCACACUUCUGCCUGCUGGCCAUUGUCCAGGAUCAGUUAUGUUUCUCUUCCAAGGGGAAAAUGGGACUGUAUUGUACACGGGGGAUUUCCGACUCGCCAGAGGAGAAGUGGCCCGAAUGGAACUCUUGCAUUCAGGAAGCAGAGUGAAAGACAUCCAGAGUGUCUAUUUAGACACCACAUUCUUUGAUCCCAAAUAUUAUCAAAUACCAAGCCGGGAAGAAUGCAUGAAAGGGAUGAUGGAAUUAGUGCGAAGCUGGGUGGUCCAGAGCCCCUAUCACGUGGUGUGGCUGAACUGCAAAGCAGCUUAUGGAUAUGAGUAUUUAUUCACAAAUCUCAGCGAAGAGCUUGGGAUGAAGGUGCAUGUGAACAAGUUGGACAUGUUUAAAAACAUGCCAGAAAUCCUCUACCACGUCACCACAAAUCGGCAUACUCAGAUUCACGCGUGUCGCCAUCCCAGGGAUUACGAAAUGUUCCGCGGAAACCGGCUGCCUUGUGGAAUGAUGUCUCAGAAUGGAAAUGAGUUGCGUGUUAUCAGUGUCAAGCCAUCGACUAUGUGGUUUGGAGAAAGGACACGGAAAAGCCAGGUGAUCAUGAGGGCCGGAACGAGUUCCUACAGAGCUUGCUUUUCAUUUCACUCUUCUUAUGGCGAGAUCCAAGAUUUCCUGAGCUACGUUUGCCCAGUGAAUGUCUACCCCAAUGUAAUUCCACUGGGAUCAAACAAGGAACGAGUUGAAGAAAACCUGAAGCCCUUCUGCAGAAUGUACAGGCAAAAUAACGGGCCCACAUAUAAACCUCUCGGCGUGUUGAAGAGAUCAAGAGCCUUGGAGCUGCUGGACACCAAUGGUGGUGGGAGCGAUGAUGAGGAUCUCUUUGAUUCCGAACGGAUUCCACACAAGAACAAGAUUCCCAAAUUACUGCCAGAGACUGGACCCACGGAGGGCAAGCCGCUUCCUCCAAAUCUUGAAGACAAUAGUUGUAAAGCCGCUCCGAUUCCUACCUCUUUACAGGUUGAUUUUGUGGAGUGUGACGAAUCUAAUAGCGAGGACGAGGACGAGGUAGAGGAGGAAGGACACGAGAAGGAGACAGCUCUUCCAGAAAUUCCAUUACUCAGGACAGACUCCAUUGCAGCGUUGAGGCACCCCAACAGCCUCGUGGGUUCAACCAGGAAGCCCAAUGAAGACCAACAGCAAGCUAACUUGGAAGUCCCAAAAUGGGAUAGUUUCUUCAGACGUCCUUCAGAAGAUCCAGAGACCUCUGACCAUGAGGACCACCAGCCAUGCACAGACUCAACCGAGCAGCAUUCUCCUUGCCCUUACGAUGACGACGACGAUCUGAGUGACUCAACUCAUAUCUCUUCUCAAAAUUCUUCUCAGUCAACCCAUAUAUCUGAACAGGGUAGCCAAGGAUGGGACAGUCAAGCCGAUACCGUCCUCGUUUCUUCCCAAGAGCGAAGGAAUUUUGAGUUUAGCCCUUCCAAGGGAGGAGCUGAAAGAAGGACGACCCACGUACCUCAUCUCCUUGCAAAGAAAACGGACUUGCCAAAUAGCCAGCCUUUAGAUCGUGGGGCACCUUCUGCAGAUCCCUUGGAAUGCAAAGUCAGAUAUUGGGGCACAGCAGCUCCCGGUCAAACGGAACCAUUAGAUGAGAGGACCAAACCAGAAGGCAGGCCGGAAAUGCUCAAUCCAGAGGUCCAAAUUGACUCCCAGGGCUCUUCAGAUUUUGAAGUCCCACCUACUCCCGGGGCCGAGAUUCCUAAACCAGAGCAGCUCUCCAGCCUGUAUCAAAAGCUGGCAGCUGGAGAAAAUUUCCACUGACCGGGAAGGAGCAACAGGACCUAGAACCUUUUUUUAGCAUUCUAGUCUGCCUCCCUAAAUAUUAAUUAGUGCCCAAUUUUAAGGUUUUAUUGAAAAAGCUGGUGGCAGGUCCAGAUGCAUAAACUGACACUUUUUUUUCACAUCGUUUGAGGUUAACACCGAAAUGGGGAAGGUAUCUAUGCAAGAUCUGCCCACAUAGGAAUACUGAAAGCCAGUAUUCAUCCAAUGAUUUUUUUAAAAAGGCAUUGCGUUUUAGGUUCUAAAUCAGUGGUUCUCAACCUGUGGGUCGGGACCCCAUUUGGGGUCGAACGACCAUUUCACGGGGGUCGCCAAACAACGCAGUCCGCCA